AUGAAUCCACCAACAACAAAUUUUCCAUCGUAUCUUCUUCCAUCCGUUUUUAAUCCACGUUAUCAUCAACAUUUAAAUCAUUUAAAUGAUAUGGCUUUUACACAUACAAAAAUGUUACAAGAACUUAUUGAAAAACGUUCAAUUGAUUCAUCAUCAUCAUCAACACCAUCAUCACCAUCAUCAUCAUCUAUAUCACCAAUGGCAGCAACAUCAAAUGAUUCAAUUCAACAAAAAAAACGUUCACAUUCAUAUCUUGAUAAUAAUAAUAAUGAAGAACAACAACAACAACAACAACAACAACAACAACAGCAAAAACCUUUAAUUAAACAUUCAAAAAUUCAUGAUGACGAUGAUGAUGAUGAUGAUGAUGAAGACGAUGAUAAUCAUUUUAACAAACGUUCAAGAAAACAAUUAAAACCACAACAACUUCUUAAAGAAAAUAAUCAAAUAAAUGAUGAUGGUGGUGAACAAUCAUCAUCUGAAGAAGAAAUUGGAGAAGUUCAUAGUCAAGAUGAAAAACAAAAUAUAUUUUCAAUUCCACAACCACCAAUAUUACCUUUUUCACCACAUAGUUUACCAUUUUUAACUUAUAUUCAAGAUUUAGCACGAACAAAUAAUAUAACAUCUCCUAUAUCUAUGACACGAUUUCUUGAAAAUCUUCAAAAAGAAUUUUUUUCUCCUGUAAAUAAUGCUUCUAUUGAAACAAAACGUAUUCCUUCAUCUUUACCACCAAUUUUUUCUCAAACAAUUCAUCAUCAUCAUCCAUAUAUUUCUCAAAUUCUUUUUAAUAAUUCAUUUAUUAAUCAUUAUACACCUCCACCACCACCACCACCACCCCCACCGCCGCCAAUGAUUCAUUUUGGUAAUACAUUAUCAGAUCGUACAUUUCCUUUUCGUUUAUCAACACCAAAAAAACGUCGUACUAAAGUAACUGAUACACGUCUAUCACCACGUAUAACAUCAAAAAUAAUUUCUCAUGAAGAUUUAAUUGACGAUGAUAAAAGUUUAUCAAAUCAUUCAUUUGAAUCAAUAACACAAAAUCAUCAUCAUCAUCAUCAUCAUCAUCAUCAACAUCAACAGUCAACAAUUGAAUAUAAUGCUUUUCAAACAAUUCUGACAUCACUUCAUUUACGUAAAGCAAAAUUAAUGUUUUUUUAUACACGUUAUCCAAGUUCAUCAGUAUUAAAAGUUUAUUUUCCUGAUGUACGUUUUAAUAAAUUAAUAACAGCACAAUUAGUUAAGUGGUUUUCAAAUUUUCGUGAAUUUUUUUAUAUUCAAAUUGAAAAAUAUGCUCGACAAUAUUUAGCUGAAGGUAUUCGAAAUGUUGAAGAUUUAAUUAUAACAACUGAUUCUGAUUUAUAUCGUGUUCUUAAUCUUCAUUACAAUCGAUCAAAUCAAAUUGAUGUUCCAAUAAGUUUUCGUGAUGUUGUACAAUCAACAUUAAGAGAAUUUUUUCAUGCUAUACAACAACAAAAAGAUCUUGAACCAUCAUGGAAAAAAAGUAUUUAUAAAAUUAUUCAACGUUUAGAUGAUCAAAUACCGGAUUUUUUUAAAGAUGAACAUUGGAUGCAUUCCAUUUGA